AUGGCCGCGGCCGAAGCUGUCUCUGGGUCAGCGUUCGUUCCCAGGGACACGCUGGCCGCCGAGGGUGUCUAUGAGAUGUUCAUUCCUGGCUUCGGCGUCCUGUCCCGUGUCAUUUCCACGCUCUUUCACAUUGAUAUAUCCCAAUAUCUCCCCUUCCUGUUCAUCGGGGCACUGAUAAUCGCCGCAUCUCGGUACUUCUUUAAUGGCGUGUCCAACUUCGUGCACAGUCAUUUCAUGUCCUCAGUGCAGGUGCAUGUCAAUGACGAAGUGUACAACUACUUGAUGUAUUGGGUGUCGAAGCAGAAAUUCGUCAGUCGGGCGACAGAUAUCUUCGCCUCUAGCUCGGUGGAGAGCCAGUAUGUGUCGAGAUACGACGACGACGAGGAUGACGAUGAUGAUGAUGACCAGCGGGAGGUUGACGACGGAAUUAACAUGAUUGGGAACGAGGAAGACUUCGAGGAAUACUGGAAACGGACGAACAGAUGGGACAAGAUCAAGCCCAUCCAUUUCACUCCUGCUCUCGGGACGCAUUACUUCUGGUAUAAGGGACGCUUCCUCACGGUCGACCGGGCCAGAGAGAAGUUAAAUACGUGGAAUGAGACACUCCGAAUUUCUUGUCUGGGGCGGAAUACGGCAUUUCUACGAGACCUGAUACGCGAAGCCCAGCUGAGCUAUCUGCACCGGGACGUGAACAAGACAAUUAUCUAUCGGUGGUCGAAUUCAGACCCUUCGUCAGGGCCAAGCUGGACCAGAUGCAUGGCACGACACCCAAGACCGCUUUCAAGUGUCAUUCUGGACCAGGAGCAGAAAGAUUCCUUCCUGGACGACGUCAAGGACUACCUCCAUCCCUUUACGAAGCGCUGGUAUACUAACCGUGGCAUUCCGUAUCGUCGAGGAUACCUCUUCAGCGGACCGCCGGGAUGUGGAAAGACGAGUCUCUGCUUUGCUGUUGCUGGGCUGCUCGGACUGAAGAUCUAUGUCGCUAAUCUUAGCUCCCCGAAUCUGACUGAGGAAGGAUUGGCGUCGCUUUUCGCUACCCUUCCUCGCAGAUGUAUCGUCCUUCUAGAAGACAUCGAUACCGCUGGGAUAACCAAAAGCCGUCUGCAGGCCGGUGCUCCGUCUUCCAUUUCCCCUGCUGCACAAAACGCCUCCACGCAGUCUCGGUUGAAAGCCAGCACUGUCAAUUACGACGACGAUGAUGAUAGUGACGGUGAGGGUUUUGGCGAAUGCGGCGGACAGACCCCCGCCCCCGUGUUGCUGCAACCAGGCAUCUCGCUUUCUUCACUGCUCAACACCAUCGAUGGAGUCGCAUCGAGUGAAGGCCGUAUUCUCGUCAUGACCACGAACCAUGCCGAGAAUCUUGACCCUGCACUGCUGAGGCCUGGGCGCGUUGAUCUGACGAUCGAGUUCAGCAAUGCUGACUCACAGACUAUAGUGUCCCUGUUCCGAGCUAUCUACUCCGAGAUCGAAGGGGAUUGGGGCGAUCCCGUCUCUUCCAGUAAGAUGGGCGAGAGCAGGGGAGAUGGAGAAGUGUUUGCCUGCACGACCAAGUCGAAAGCAGCCACAACAACUCCCCCCAGUGCUCCUACCACUCGCCAACGAAUAGGACAUGGCCUCUCUGCAGAUCAGAUACAUGAUCUCGCCCAGGAGUUUGCCAGGCAAAUACCAAACAAGCAGUUCUCCCCCGCCCAGAUACAGGGAUUCUUGCUAUCGCACAAGGCGUCCCCGAGAACGGCGGUCGAACGGGUCGGGGAGUGGGUGGUCAAGAACAGCAAAAUCAAUUACGAUCAUGGAAGCGACAUGUGA